AUGAAGUCCAGUCACGGAGGCAACGAUCGGACUCCCGAGGGAUUGACACUAAUUGUUAUUGUUUGUUGUUUGGAAUGCCCAUGGGAUGACCCACAAGAGCGCACAGAGGCAUUGAGCGGUCGCCUGUCGAAGUCAGCAUCGGAGUUGUCAUGUGUAACGAAAGCGCCGACCUCCCCACCACCACGAGCGCGCUCCGCACACCACCACGCUCCACUGUCCGUAGUGCACAGGACUCAACAUUUCUUCACAAAUUUAAAAGUAAGCUACCUGUACAAAAUGAUACCUGUUUUUAUUAAACUUAGGUGUCGCCCAAAUCUGUCGCCUAAAUAUUGUAUAUUUUCUCGCAAAUUAGGCAUCAUUUUACAAAAAAACUUUAUUGUGUAA